CAAACCUUACAAUCUGCUUUCGUGGGACUCAAGAAGGAGGACGACGACUACGAGUGGAGUGACGGAACAACUUACGACUACAAGGUCUGGCAAGAUGACACCACGGGGGACUGCGCAUUCCCAAAUUCUGUUGGGAAGAUCGGCGGCAGCCCCUGCACAACGAAGCGGCCAUUUGUCUGCAAAACAGCCAAGCGUGGACGGCCUCGACAGCUGCCACCAUUAGCCAGCCAACAUGGCUGGACUGACAAAUGCGGCUGGUGGCUGGACAACCCCUCGGACGACUUCUGCUACCUGUUCAACUUUCAGCCCGCCAAGACUUGGCAGGAGGCGCAAGCCGACUGCAAAGGCCGCCAAGGGAACCUGCUCAGCAUCGCCGACUCGGACGAGCAGGGCUUCGUACGCGGUAUCGCCAAGCUUCUGGCGAUGAAUGAUGACGCCUCCCUGUGGUUGGGCGCCGACGCCUCCAUCAAGCGUGACGGUGACAAGUGGACUGACGGAUCCUCCUUCUCUUACCUCCACCCGAGUGCAGGUGUCCCUGAAGGGGGGAAAUGUCUUUUCUUGCUCACUGGCAGCGGCGACUGGAAGCGCGACACGUGCGACAAGAAGAGAGGCUACGUCUGCAAGAAAAGAGGAAAGACACAUCAGCUGCCGCCACAUGACGGCUACAAGAAGAAGCUUGUCUGCCAAGACGAUUGGAAAUCCCUCGAAUGCCCCGAUGAAAGAGUCAUCCGCAUACGGUCGGCUUUCCAUGGACGGGAGCGUGGCGACGUCUGUCCGAGUGGCGGCGGAUCACGCGGUGGCUGCAGGGUGGAAGGGGCUCUCCGUCACUUCAGAGGAUUGUGUGACAACUAUCAGAUUUGCCCCAUUUACCCCAUUUACCUUACGGAUACGGACUCCUGCCCUGGUGUCUCCAAAUACCUCCGCGUUGUCUACAGCUGUGAGAAGAAAGUGUGUCUUGAUAGUCUGGGCAUCGCUGACGGGAGAAUCCCAGACUCCUCUUUUUCAGCCUCUUCCUCUGCGAUCAAUGCCGAACCUCACAAAGCGCGUCUGGGGGGCAGCGGUUGCUGGAGACCCUCCGAAAUGUUCGGCAGCUGGAUCCAGGUGAACCUCGGUCAGAACUUCAAGGUGACAGGCAUUGAGACCCAGAGCUGUAGAUUGCAAAGUUCCAGCGUAUUUGCGAUGCAGUUCAGUAUUGACGGAGUGACUUGGUAUCGCCACCCAAAGCAGCCUUCUGUGGGGACGUAUAUUCUAACCAGGCCCGUGUUCGCCCAGUACGUCCGCCUCCUGCCAAUGUUUUUGGGCCUACGCUUUGACGUCUUGGGGUGCACGUCUGACGACACCGCUCACAUCUUAUGCAGCAGCACAGCCACCGACCUCAGCCUCGACGGUUCAAUGACGGUGCGGUGCCCACCGGGCUGCGCCCAAGCCGGCUACAAGGUCUACGGAACACGGCUCUACAAACAGGACUCAAACAUCUGCGCGGCCGCUAUUCACUCGGGCGUCAUUGAGAACGAGAUCGUAGGAGAUGUGACUUUGCUGAAGAAACUGCCACAGAAAGCCUACAACAGCUCCACCUGUAACGGAAUCAUCUCGAAAGUAUAUGUUGACAAAUUGGCUCCGUCUCCGUCUUACACUUUUGCUGACAUGGAGCCGAGAUGCUUGGGACCUGACUGGGAGGAGUUUGCGGACUUCUGCUACAAACGUUUUGAUGAUACAAAGAAGUGGUACGACGCUCAACACUUCUGCAGGAGUCUCGAUGCCGAGCUGGUGUCUAUCCACUCCGAGGCUGAGCGGGAUUGGCUGCACGACCUCGUGAAGCUUGCCCCUGGAGACACGUGGACCGGACUCAACGACCUGGUCGAUCGCGGCAGAUUCGUGUGGUCGGACCGCCAGAAGGUGACCUUCGCCAACUGGGCUCCGGGAAAACCUACCGGCCUGAUGGAGAAUUGCGUGGCCACCUUGAGCCAGUCUGGCAAAUGGAAGAAGAUGUCCUGCAUGGAAUUAAACGGCUACGUGUGCAAGAUGCCCACAGAUUGA